AUGUCAGCCCCGGCGGCGAAGAACGGGAAGAGAAACCGAAAAGCAGCUGGAAACGAAGAAAACAAGCAACUCGUAAAGCACACCGCCGGCGCCGUUACACAAGCACAACCCCAAACCAUGUCGAAGCUCUCCCCCUCGCUCAAAGCGCUCAUCAACGCGCCGUCCGCGCGGCCCGGUCAGGCCCCCGCCCCGCGCCACAUCCGCGACGUCUACACGCGCAUCGCGCACGAGGCCCGCGAGCGCAAAUACGGCGACCGGCCGUGGGUGACUCUCUCCGCCGCCGCAACCUUCACGCUCAACUCCCCCGCCUCGCUCCUCGCCCUGCACUCCCUGCUCACCCCCACCCUCACCCCGACCCUCACCCCCCUCACCGCCGCCGAAACUGCUCCCGCGAAGUUUGGGCUCAAAUGCAUCUCCUUCAACGGCAUCCCGGCGCACCAUCAACACGCUGGGCGCCUUCCGCGCUCGGCAUCGCCCACCACCCCUGGGCACGCAACCCUCCGCACCACCCCCACCCGCGCAGUGACGACGCCCGAGGGGCUGGCGGGCGUGGCUGGAACGCGCGGAGAGCGCCUGUGGGAGAGCGUGUUAUACCGCCGUUCGAGGGCAAGUUGGUGGAGAGGUUGGCGGACAGUCACCCCGACCUACCGGUGCAUAUUCUGGGGAGUCAUUAUGGCCCGUUGUUGGCGGAUCCGGGGGCUGGGGGGCCGGUGGGGAGGUGCUUGA